AUUUUUUUAUGUCAAUUAGCAAAACAACGGUUUUACAAGAUUCACAACAAAUCCGAACUGGUCGGAUGUGGUUUUAUUAACAUUCGCAAACGAUCGUUUAACGUUCGCGGUUCGUGCAUGGAACCGCCACAAAACAAAUCAAAACAAAAAAAAAAAACGCAUCCGUUAAUUUAUUUAUUAUUAUUUUCGGUGUCUGUUUUGAUUCGCGCAAUAAACACCGAUUCGCGUCUUGUUUAUUGAUCGGCCGAAGAGACGGUGGCGAUCAAUAAAUUUCCGUCGGUACUGCGCACAACCAACUGUGCCGUGCGUUAACCUAAGAAGGGUCGGUGGUUGUUUUUGUUUGUGGGGGAUGCGGCGGUCGACGUUCAUUUUACAGCUAUGAAAAUGAAGCUGAUCCCCGUGAUCUAUAAUGGAUUCACGGCGAUGGAUCGCCGCUUCUCCAGCCCGAUGCUGCCGUGGAUCGUGUCCGAGAUCCGGAAGAGGGAUUACACGGAACGGUUAAGCCUGGGAGUUGAGGAUGGAAUCCUGCAAGCCUACAACCAGGACUUCGAACUGCAGUUCUCGCAUCGUAUCCAACAGAUGACCAGGUUCUCGCAAGCGGAUCUGGAUCCCAGCACCUUUCUCUACUUACUGAAAGACGAUUGCGAGAACCUGUUGUACUGCUACCUGUUCCAAGCAAAGAAACCGAUGGACGUAACCGAUCUGUACAAGCAAAUGAAGGAUCAGAACCACGCGACGACGCCAUCGAGAUCGCUGAGCAGCGCCGCUAACUUGACGUCGCUCUGCGUCGACAUAUCGCCGAGUUCCAGCAACUUCUUCGAGGUCCUGUACAUCGGCAAAAUAAAAGUAUGGCAGAAGAAGGUGCCGGACACGUUCAUCGACGACGCGCUGGACAAGUUCAAGGUGCACGAGCAGGAGAAGAGCAAACAGAAGCUGGGAAACUUGGAGCGGAUCAGACGUGGAUCGACGGAUUCCGGCACGAGCGAGACCGGUUCGGUGGAAAGUCUGAGCCUGUCGCAAAAAAUCACGAAGUCUGACGACCCGGAACCAGCUACAGAGUCUAACGAAGCGAAAGAGCAGGAAAAAGACCUUAAAACACCGGACUUCGACGACCACAACAGGACGAUGGUGCUGCAGGUGGACAGGACGGAUUUGAGACUGAUCAGUCCCGACCGUAAGGUCAUACUGUUGCACAAACACCACCGAGACAUCACCACUUGUGUUCAGGGCCAAGUGCAGACGGAACAUUUCGGUUUCAUUAGUCGGGAAGGGGCCAAUAUGCAGACCUUCACCGGCUACAUCUUCAAAUGCGAGUCCCAGUCCAUCGCCAACGAUGCUGUCCAAGCCAUCACCCAGGCGUUUCUGAACGCCGAAUCCAGACCCAGACCAGCCCUUUCCUCCUGCGAGCAUUGUCCCAUGGUUUGGUUCCACAAACUCUGCACGGAAGUGGAACACAUGUCCGACCGUAAAACCCAGGCGGCCAUCCUCAGAAGGCUGGAGCAACUGGACGAAGAGGAACAAACGACGAUACUGACGAAAUUCCGCGGCGCCGAGACGGACUCGGUACGCGAACAGAACGAGUUCCUGAUGAUGCUGUUGCGGGCCCACUGCGAAAUGAAGCAGGGCCGACACAUGCACGACACCGUGGAAAACAGAUCCGAGUUUUUGAACCAGUAUUUGGGUGGCAGCACCAUAUUCACCAAAGCCAAGCGUUCGUUGACCAGCUCAUUCGAGAUGCUGAAGCGGAAGGCCUCCAAAGAUGAUUUCGGGCCCAGCAUGAAGGAUAUGAAUCUGCCUGUGUCCAGAAACUUCAUGAAGGAAGCGUCGCCCAAUGAUAUUUCCGAUAAGGAGUCGGAAGGUACUAGGUCUAGGUCGUCUACUAUUGGCUCGCAGAGUGACUUAAACCACUUGACAAUCAACAAAGACAAUCAGAAGGCCUCAGUAUCGCCAGACAAACAAUUAAAAAGCCCCAUGAUGGACAUUUUCUUAAAAGUUGGAAACAGUCCCAGGUCCACAAGCUCAGAUGAUGGCUCCCCAAAUAAACCAGACGGUGGUUCUUGGAGACAAGCCAUCUUUAAAACAGUUGUAACUCCUAGUAAAAAAGAAGAGGUUAAGGACCCUCCAAAGAAGAAAACUAAGGAAGAACUCAGAGCUCUUUGGAGGAAAUCAAUACACCAAGCCAUACUUCUAGUAAGAAUGGAGAAGGAAAACGCCAGACUUAGAGCGGAACAAGAAGAGUCAGCAGUGAAAAGAAUCAAAUUGGAGUACGACGAAAUGAAGCCGAACCAAAGGGAGAUAAUGGAGGUGUGGGACAUGCUCACCAACAAAGAAUCCAGAAUAAAAUGCGACAGCCAGAUGUUGCUACAAGCCAUCCGCCAAGGCGUCCCAAGGGGGAAAAGAGGCGAAGUGUGGCAACUACUGGCCGAACAGUUCUGCUCCAAAGUGCCUCCAAUCGACUUGUACAAAUACCCCAACUACAACGUACCGUACGAAACACUUCUUAAACAACUGACGUCGCACCAGCAUGCAAUUUUAAUUGAUCUGGGCCGCACCUUCCCUAAUCACUCUUACUUCAGCAGUCCCUUAGGUCCUGGACAACUAGCACUGUUCAACUUGUUGAAGGCUUACUCACUGUUGGACCCGGAGGUCGGGUACUGCCAGGGGUUGAGUUUUGUCGCUGGUGUCCUCCUGUUACACAUGGAGGAGUCGCAAGCGUUCUUUUUGUUGCGUCACUUGAUGUUCAGACGAGGCUUGAGGAAACAAUAUCUACCCGACAUGAUUGGUUUGCAAAUUAAGCUGUAUCAACUGUCCAGAUUGUUACACGACCAACUGCCGGACUUGUACAACCAUUUCGACUUCUACGAAGUCGCCCCCACUUUAUACGCAGCACCUUGGCUGUUAACGGUUUUCGCCUCGCAGUUUCCUUUAGGUUUCGUCACCAGGGUCUUUGACUUGCUUUUCCUGGAGAAUCCCGACGUGAUUUUCCGCGUUGCGUUGAGCUUGUUGAGUUACCACAAACAGAAGCUGUUGCAGUGCGACAGCUUCGAAGAGAUCAUGAACUAUCUGAAGAUGCAGCUGCCUCAAAUUGAUAAGCCGAUGCUCGACAAGAUUAUGAAGCAGGUGUACACGACGGAUAUCAGAAAACAGUUGGACGAGUACAAGGUGGAGUACCAGGUGCUGCAGGAGGAGAUGACUUCGGUGCAGCCGCAAGUGGACGCGUUGCACAAACUGGAGAAACAGAACAAAACGUUGACUGAUCAAAACAAGGCGUUGAUGAGCCAGCUGGAGCUGGCGUUGAGCAACGUGCAGCGGUUGGAGAAGCAGAGGGUGUUGCAGCAGGCUCACAUCAACAAGCUGGAGAUGCAGAGUCGGGGAUUGGAGGUAACCAUUGGCACUUUAGGCAACUUCAUCAACGGGCUCAUAGAGGCGAAGGUGGACGUGGAGAUUCCCAGUGACGUGAGGCGGAUCAUGUCACAGUUGACGUUCUCCGAGCAACAGGACAAGCUGAGAACGUUCCAACGCGACUCGUCCAUGGUAAAAUCCCUGAGUGCGGGGAAGAUCCACGUCAACAACAACACGGAAGACGGCAUGACGAGGUCCAACAGCUUGAACUCGAAGGCUUUGCAGGUGGACAAGCCGAAGACGUCCCAUUUUUUCUCCACCUCGCACAGCAACAUACUGCAAAACAUGAACAACUUACGCAGCAACUCCAAAAUUGACAUAACCGUUGAGGAUUUCGAGAAGGAGAACAACGCCAGGAACAACGAAAAGUCCACGAGCUUACCGUUGACCGAUUACGGAACGAAAAUGACGCCCAGUCACAGUAUAGACAGCGGCGUCGGCACGCCAUCCACCCCCAACCACCCCCUGAGCAAUUGCGACGUUAAUUUCACGUACAACGGCACCAGGGAGCUGAAGAACAUCAAGAGCUUGAGGAACAUGGUCAGAACGUCCAGUCCGGACCUUUUAGGCAAAUGAUUUCAGUACGGACGUUUAUUUUUGUAUAGUGUGAUAUUAAUUUUUAGUUAACGUUGUAUAAAAUUGUUUAACUCUUUAUUCUGUACGUUUAUAGGUUUUUAAUUAUGUGAUGACUGUUUCGGUUUUUUAGUAUUAUUGAAUUUUAUAUUAUGUGUACACGACUGUAGUAUUCGUUUCGAUUUUGCUUGUUGUAUAAAGUAUUCUAUUAUCAAGUAUUGUUUAGUAUAGUUCGUAUUUUAUAUAAUUUUUUGAUUGUGAAGUCCCGGUUAUGUAAUUGAAUAUACUUGUUUAUAUAAUUUAGUUUUAUUUCAGAACAGAAAAUGGGUAUUUAGUCUGUGCGAUGACUAAAUAUAUAUUUAAGUUAUAAAAUAAAAAGAUUUUGCCUAUUCCUUCCUCCACGACUUAAAAUAAAAUUUUUGUU